GCUCUCUUCAAUAACAACCCUUUCAUGAUCCUCUCAACUGGCUGUCUCACACAAAGACGAUGAUUCUGCGGUAUCUCAACGAGCUUUGAAUCAAGAUCUUGUACUGUCAGUAUGUCGUCCAGCGACAGCGGACUCGGCAAUGCGAUUCGUAUGAGCACGACGUCAACUUCAUCCGCAGGACCGUCUUCAUCGCGAGCAUCAUCUAGACCUAGCUCACGUCUAAAUCAUCGGAGCCCAGAUCCUCCUGCCAGAAAGCUUAGAAUUGAUUCGAAUGAGGAGAUCAGGCUGUCACAGGAGGAUUCUGUUCUGUUCAAAGGGCCCGAGGAUGAUGAUGCUGAGCCGGACGAGAUUGCAACCAGCCAUGACGCACCGCUACUCGCAGGACGGCAGAGGGACGUCUCGAGGGAUGAGCUCGACGAGUUGACACUGGCAGAGGGCCCAAGUUCAGCUGGAAGAGGAACUUUGCUGGAUGGAAUAGCCAAUAUGGCAAACUCUAUAAUCGGUGCCGGUAUCGUGGGGCUCCCGUAUGCAAUUGCGCAAGCUGGCUUUGUGAUGGGCAUAUUUCUGCUCGUUGCCCUAGGGGCAGUGACCGACUGGACCAUUCGUUUGGUUGUUGUCAACGCCAAACUGAGCGGAAGAAACUCGUACACCGAAGUCAUGCACCAUUGUUUCGGUCGGACAGGGUCAAAUGCCGUAUCCUUCUUCCAGUUCGCUUUUGCCUUUGGAGGCAUGUGCGCCUUCAACGUCAUCAUAGGCGAUACUAUUCCCCAUGUCAUUGCCAUGGUCAUCCCCUCAUCCUCUCAACAUGCCAUAUUGCGACUCUUGGUAGACCGCAGAAUGGUCAUAUUUCUUGUCACAAUACUAGUGUCAUUUCCGUUGAGUCUCCACCGAGACAUUGUCAAGUUAUCCAAGAGCUCAAGCUUUGCUGUUGUCUCGAUGGGUGUCAUUGUCGCCUCUGUCAUCAUACGUGGUCUUACUAUCAGUCCCGAGCUUCGAGGUGCACCACUGAGCGGGCUGUCGCUCGUCCGACCUGGAGUCUUCGAAGCUAUCGGCGUCAUCUCAUUCGCGUUCGUGUGUCAUCACAACACCAUGUUCAUAUACCAAAGCAUAGAUACCCCUACACUAGAUAGAUUCACCAAAGUUGUACAUGUGUCGACUGGCUUUAGCGUUUUCUGCUGCCUUCUCAUGGCCGUCGUUGGCUAUCUGGUCUUCACGGACAAGACCCAAGGAAAUAUCCUGAACAACUUCAGUCCUGACGAUUUUGUCAUCAACAUCGCCCGCUUCUGCUUUGGCGCAAACAUGUCCACGACUCUUCCCCUGGAGAAUUAUGUCUGUCGCGAGGUCAUUGAAGAGUAUUUCUUCGGAGGACGACCUUUCUCGUACACACGACACGUUGUCUUCACCUCAUUGAUCGUUUUCAGCGCCAUGACCGUCUCGUUGCUCACAUGCGAUCUCGGAGUGGUUUUGGAGAUAGCAGGAGGCCUCAGUGCUACUGCACUCGCUUUUAUAUUCCCAGCAUCCGCCUAUAUCACUCUUGUCGGAGGAAAAUGGUUCUCGCGUCAAAAGCUUCCGGCCUGUUUGACCGCGUCCUUCGGUGUCGUCGUGCUGGUACUCAAUCUUGCAAUAACGAUUGGCCAUGCUUUCAGUGACGAGCGCAGAGGGAAGCAAUGUGACUGAUGAAUCAUGAAGGCAGCUACGCCGCGUAAAGCACCGGCGUCAUUGCAUUGCGCGACCCUACGUGGCUUCUUAUAGACGGCCCUGUUUGCUCCCUUGGAGCAGCCGUGCCGCAUGCCACGGGGGCAUGCCCGACCUUCACGGUGCUUGGGACGGCAACCGCAGAAUAUGAGCGUAGCGAAGAAGAGUGGAGCAUAGAACAAGGGUGACAAGAUCAUCGAAAGCAUGCAAGAUGUCAGGUCCUUGCGUCGCUGCCAGACAGUCACUUCACACAUGUGUCGCAGCAUGCGGGAUCGUCGCAUGUUACCUUACGAUACAACUGUGCAGAUUUCACAUGAGAGCU